AUGGACACACUGACACCAGAAUCGACAACGAGCAGUAGGUUUUCACAAAUUGUAGCGCCAUUUUGUGCCGCUAAAAAUGUAACUUGUGAUCCUUAUGAAAAAUACAGAUCUUACGACGGAAAAUGUAAUAAUCUUGGGAAUCCACUCUGGGGAUCUGCAUUAACUGCUCAACCCAGAUUCAUAUCAGCAACAUAUGGAGACAGAUACAAUAGUGGUAGUGAGCCAAGAAAGAACAGUGUUCGCUAUGGUAGUUUACCAAAUCCACGUGAUAUAAGUAACACUGUACACAAAGAAGGCACAACUUUUGCAAGAGGCUGUUUGUCCAAUGUUGCUUUUACUCACUUUGGACAAUUCAUAGACCAUGAUGUGGUUUCUACACCAAUAAAAAAAUCAAAGAAAGGAGAUAUAAGACAUACAGAAGUUCCAAUGUUGAAUGCUAUUCACACUCUCUUCUUACGGGAACACAAUAGAAUUGUGGGUAUACUAAAGAAGAUAAAUCCACAUCACGACGGAUUAAGAUUAUACAACGAAGCAAGAAAAAUUCUAAUUGGAGUAUACCAACAUAUCAUAUACAAGGAGUUUAUACCAAAACUAUUAGGAACAACAUUAGCACAUCCUUUUGUAGCGUCAGCCGUUAGAAACCAUCUUUUCGAGACAAAACCUGGCAAUGGAUUCGAUUUAAGUGCACUAAACAUACAGAGAGGUCGAGAUCAUGGCUUGCCUUCCUACAACAAAUUUCGAAAGUUUUGUGGACUUCAACCCGCACUUACAUUUGGAUAUAAUGCGAUUGGACUGCGUGACAUGAGCUAUGAAUCAGCCGGUGCUCUGCAAAGAAUGUAUAGGCAUCCUGACGACAUAGAUUUAUUUUCUGGCGGAUUAUCAGAAACUCCUGUACAAGGCGGACUCGUAGGACCUACUUUUGGAUGUCUCAUUGCCUUGCAGUUUGAAUAUUACAGAAAUGGGGACAGAUUUUUCUAUGAAAAUGCAUUCUCGAAAACGGGAUUUACUAGUGUAUUAUUCCAUUGA